AAAUUACCCCCUCAAGUCUCCAGAAACAAUCCGCGCUCUCUCCUCGUCCCUCUCACGCCUUUGUCACUCUUUCGGUCGAAAAAUCCCUAAAAACCCAAACUUCUCUCAAAUUCUUGGCCCGAAGAAACCCUAACCGAUUCCUCUUUCUCUCCUCUUUGAAUUGAGCCGAGAAUCAGCCCCAAGAAAACCCGAAAAUUUUCACAAACCCUAGCCGUCCACUCUUCCCUCGCCUCUCAACCACGGCGCCGUUAGAGCUCCUCCGUCGCUGUCUCUGCCGCUUUCAUCCUCAACUCCGCCUGCGACGCCGACAACCGCCGGAAAACCUUAGAAGCCUCAUCUCCACCGCCGCCUCCUCCUCCUCCAGCGUUUCGCCUGACCGCCUCCUACUCACGCCGCUGCCUUCUCCUCUAAAAAAAUUAUGUCAUCACUGUGGCAGUCAGAAAAGAUGCAAGCUUCAGAUUCAACUGCAACUCUUCAAUCUCAAAAUUCAGAAUCGCCGGUUCCUGCUCCAACUGCAGCUUCCCCAACAUUGGCUGUGGCUUCCUCGUCACCAGUUCCACCUGUUGGAGAACCAGUAAAUGGUGCAACCACUCCAGUUUCAUCUACUCCAACUACUAAUGCUAAUGCUGGUUCAACAGUACCCACAGUUCUUCCUGGCUCUUCAGCUCCAAGCGAAACAACUCCAGUGGCUCUCCAUAAUUCACCAAAUGAGCCAACGCGAGAUCCUGUUCAGGCUAAGUUUGUUUCUCCAGCAGGCUAUGUUGUCCCUGCACCAUCUUUUUCCUACAACUUAUUUCCUAGGGUGAAUUCUUCUGCUGGGAGCCCUCAACAAUCGGCUAUGAAGUUAAUUCCGCCAAUGCCUGCUGCUGCUCUUCAGCCUCCUGUACCUGGACAAUCAUUUGGGAAUAGUCCAUCUUUUUCCUAUAAUGUUUUCCCACAUGCUAAUACUAUCACUGCAUCUGGUCAGCAGUUCCGUCCUGUCACUGCCACCAGUCAACUGCAGUUGCAAGGUGUAAAGUUAACUGCUGCAUCCUUGCAACCUCCAGUUCCAGGGCAACCUAUGAGGCUUAAUCCGACUUUUCCUCGAACAUUUCCACAGAAUAUUCCUCGCCCUGCAGGUCAACUGUCAGCAUCAAGCAACUUUUCUUUUGGUGAGAGCGUCCACCAAUCCAUGACAGAUGCAUCAGAUAAAAGCCUUAACCCCAAUGAUGGUACAUCAAAUGUUGCUGUACCAGAAGCCGGAAUUUCAUCUGCAGAACCAAUUAGUUCUAAAUCUGUAAAAACAUCUUCUGCUAUACCUGCAAGUUCUUCUACAGAUUCUACUCCAUUAUCUGUUCAAAGUUCUUCAAACAUUUUUGCGCCAACCUCAGCAUCAUUUAUGCCCCGCCCUGGGAUGUCAAUGUCUGGAUCUGCUGCAGAUUCUUCUCCUUCGCCUUUGAGACCUGUUGUGCCAUUUCCCGCUGCACCAUCAAAUUUGGCCUCUAUUGCAAUGGCACCAACGAGGAAUGUUCAGCAACAAACUCAUUCCCAUUAUCCUUUGAUGUCUGCCAUGGCCCCUAUUGCUCAAUCUCCUUGGUUGCAUCCUCCUCUAACUGGUGGUUUGCCACAUGCGCCAUUUUUCCCGCAUGCUGGUGCCAAUCCUUCCCCCUUUCCAUUGCCAAUCCGGGGCGUAUCUGUAACUUCAGUUCCUUCACCAGGUGUUCAGCCUCCUGGUGUCUCCACAGCUAUGCAUAGUGAUGUCCUCACCAGUGCAGAAUCUAAUCCUAUGAGCAAAGUGAUUGUAGGACCACUGCCCCCAGGCAUUGACAGGGAUAAAGAAGCUAAUGAUCUCCACAAGGAUGGGGAAACCACAAAGAGAGAAGAGGUGGACGCAUGGACAGCACAUAAGACAGAGUCUGGUACCAUAUACUACUACAAUUCCAUUACAGGAGAAUCAACAUACAAUAAGCCUUCCAGUUUUAAGGGGGAGCUGGAGAAAGUUGCAAAUCAGUCAACUCCUGUUACAUGGGAGAAGAUUGCUGGUACCAAUUGGACACUGGUAACCACAAAUGAUGGCAAGAAGUAUUACUAUGAUACCAUGAACAAGGUUAGUAGCUGGCAGAUCCCUUCAGAGGUUUCAGAGAUGAAAAAGAAUCAGGAAAGUGAUGCCUCAAAAGGAAAUAUGGUUCAAGACGAAAAUACCAAUAUUGUAGCAGAGAAAGUAUCUGCUCCUAUCUAUAUAAGCACUCCUGCUAUGCACACAGGGGGUCGUGAUUCUAUGGUAGUUAGGCCUUCUGGCGGACAAGUUUCUUCAUCUGCACUGGAUCUGAUUAAGAAGAAGUUGCAAGAAGCAGGCAGUCCAGUUACAUCCACACCUCUCUCACCUUCCGCGAUCUCUACUACUGAGCUGAAUGGUUCAAGGGCAGCUGAUGCUGUAGCUAAGGGUCAGCAAAGUAUGAAUAGCAAAGACAAAGCAAAAGAUGCUAAUGGGGAAGCAAAUAUGUCAGAUUCCUCGUCUGAUUCCGAUGAUGCAGAGAGUGGACCAACUAAGGAGGAGUGCAUUAUUCAGUUCAGGGAAAUGCUUAAAAAACGGGGAGUUGCACCAUUCUCAAAAUGGGAUAAAGAGCUACCGAAGAUAGUUUUUGAUCCACGUUUUAAGGCUGUUCCUAGUCAUUCAGCUCGGAGAUCUAUAUUUGAGCACUUUGUUCGGACACGUGCAGAAGAAGAGCGCAAAGAAAAAAGAGCAGCUCAGAAGGCCGCAAUUGAUGGUUUUAAACAAUUGCUAGAAGAAGUGUCAGAGGAUAUAGAUCAUAAAACGGACUACCAGACAUUUAAAAAGAAAUGGGGCACGGACCCAAGGUUCGAGGCGCUAGAUCGGAAGGAACGGAUGCUUCUUUUGAAUGAAAAGGUGCUUCCUCUAAAGAAAGCUGCUGACGAGAAAAAUCUAGCUGCACGAACUGCUGCAUUUAAAAGCUUUAAAUCGAUGCUUAGGGAAAAUAAAGAUAUUACUAUAGGUAGCCGCUGGUCCAAAGUGAAAGAUGGCUUGAAAAGCGAUCCCAGGUACAAGAGUGUGAAGCAUGAAGAAAGGGAAAUCUUGUUUAAUGAGUAUUUAUCUGAACUGAAAGCUGCUGAAGAUGAAGCAGAACGAACUGCAAAGACCAAAAGGGAUGAACAUGAUAAAUUAAAGGAAAGGGAGAGGGAAAUGCGAAAAAGAAAAGAACGGGAAGAACAAGAAAUGGAGAGAAUUAGGGUGAAAGUUCGCAGAAAGGAAGCAAUAUCUUCGUAUCAAGCCCUGCUUGUGGAAACAAUCAAAGAUCCAAAGGCAUCUUGGACGGAGUCUAAACCAAAACUAGAGAAAGAUCCUCAGGGCCGCGCUGCAAAUCCUGAUCUAAGUGAGGCCGAUAUGGAAAAGUUAUUUCGUGAUCAUGUUAAGGACUUGCUCGAGCGUUGUGCGCGUGAGUACCGUUUUUUGCUUGCUGAAGUUAUAACUAUGGAAGCUGCGGCUAAAGUGAGUGAUGAUGGGAAGAAUGUCCUUAAUUCUUGGACAGAAGCCAAACGCCUUCUGAAGCCAGACGCUAGGUACUCCAAGAUGCCUAGAAAAGAAAGGGAGUCUCUCUGGAUCAGAUACUCUGAUGACAUGAUCAGGAAGCAUAAACCAGCAGCUGAUCCCAAAGAUAAAUCAGAUAGAGGAGGUAAAGAUAAAUCAUCAGCUGAUAUCUCCAGAAAGUCACCAAGGAGAUCACAUGGCCGGAGGUAACUAACAGUGGAGAGAGCCCUUGCGUUCGAACUGUAUUAGCUUCCCCCUAGCACCAUUUUGCGUUGAAAGAUUAGCGGGUAGUUCCGUUAGCUUCACUGAUUUGUUUUUAAAUCAACCAAAUGAGGGAUAAUGGAAGAUGUCAUGGUGUAGAUUGCAAAAUGUAUUUCAUGGCCUCGUCAUUGCUUUUGGUGGCUGGUGAUAAUCUUUAAUUUCAGAUGUUUUAUGCUGCAUUCUUAUUUUAGUCAAGUGAUUCUA